AACACAGACCUUUACAUAGGAGAGAAUAAACUACAGGAGAACACAGACCUUUAUAUAGGAGAGAAUAAACUACAGGAGAACACAGACCUUUAUAUAGGAGAAUAAACUACAGGAGAACACAGACCUUUAUAUAGGAGAGAAUAAACUACAGGAGAACACAGACCUUUAUAUAGGAGAGAAUAAACUACAGGAGAACACAGACCUUGAACAUUCCUUUGAUUCCACCAGUGUUUUGGACAGAGAGGACAGAUGGUCUGAGAGCAGUCAAUGAAGCUAUUUAUGUCAAACUGAAGCAGCAUCUCUAACCAGAGGAGGAGCUGUGACACCGCUUAUCAAACACCUAUAAUGCAGUAAUAAAGUUUCUCCCCAGAAAGUUUUUCCAUCAUUAACAUCUGGAAUAACUCCUGACUUGGCAGAUUCACUUCCUUUGUUGUGUAAACUGGCAGCCCCACCACCAUUGUUACUGUUGUUGUUGGACCUGCUGGUUUCACACCAGUUAUGCUUCGUGAAUGGAUCAUUGGUCAUGUGAGCUCUUUGUCUAUAAAUGUGAAACUCUCCAUCAGUCCGUUCAAACUGAAGAAGGCCUUUGAAUGAAGGUGUAACAUCUUCAAGAACCUAAAAGAGAAUUCCAGUUGAUUUCUACUGAACUUUCUAGGAAUGUGAAGGUCAUCCUACUUCAAAUUUCAUUUACUUUGUGAAAAGCACCAGUUUCACAGGAACCAGGUAACACUGUGGACACCGACAGCAGUUUUCCAGCUGCUUCUAAUUCAUUCACAGCUGCCUUUUGGUGGUUCUUGAUUGACUCUUAACCAUCCUGACCAAUUGUUUCUCAGCAGCAGGUAAUCGCUUCAGGGAAUCAUAUACAUUCUAUAUAAAUUGGAUCAGAGGAGUCAGCAGCUGUAGUCAAUCAUAAUCACUCACGGAGGUAAGAGGAGACUAAGAAAAACUGGUUUACACAAUGUUCUACAUUACUGAAGCUGAUAAUUCAAGUUUCUGUAUGUAUAUUUUUGAUCCCGCAGAUUUUGUCAUAAUUUCCAGAAAACCUUUAAAUCCUCCUAUAAGUCAAAAUUUUCUGUGAUGGAAUUAUUGAAAUACAUGAAUCUUUGUCACUAAAAACAAUCAUGCUUUUUGGUUCUUUCAUAGAUUUAUUAAAGGUUCAUUUUUGUCAUAGAAAAUUCAAUGGAAGGCGGUUCAUCAGGUAUGGAGAGGUUGUGGAAUUCGAGUCAAUGGAGACUGAUAGAAUAAACAUGGAUGUUAUGUUGGAUGGAAACUUUUGGUGACGGCUGUGUUUUUAAUGGUUUAACCCAAAAAUAUGGAACAUUCUAUGAACCAGAGUACUUAUCAUAAUCUGUAGAAAAAGAAUAUUGAGAUCAUCAGAUCAUUUACUCACUUUGCCAUAAAGAGACAUCUUGAAGCAGUUGAAGAAUAACUUCUUUCUGGCUUCCUCACCCCGCAUUCUAUCAUAAGCCCGUUUGGCUUCAUAACCAAACUUGAGAAAUUCUUCUUGUUCGUUGAACAGAAUGCAGGUUGGAGUCUUUGGUGUCUCUUUUCCAACCUCUUCACCCCAGUACUUUAUGUAGGGAUCAGCCUCUUCCUCUCUGGGUGUCAUACUGUAAGCAUAUCCACUGAAUGUAGUUCCAAAGUCUAUGGCUAUUACGAACGAGUCUCCCAUUGUAGAAACAGGUCCAGGUGAAGGUGUAGAGAAAAAUGAAUGUAAUUAAAUGCAGUAGGUGCAGUAUAUCUAUGAUCUGAACAGGAGGCGGGGCUUCCUGAAGGUCUGCCUACCCAGUGAGGUGAAUAUGAAGUUACUGUUGGGAUCAGACUGAACACAUUCAGUCUGGUGAAGACCAGGAAGGAGAAGCCGUAACACAAGACGACGUAAAGGCAACUUCAGAGUGACAGAAAUGGAUAAUGAAUUUAGACAGACAAGAUAUGAUCUGAAAUGUAAAGGGGAAGAGGUGAAAUCACAUUUACUCAGAAUGAAACAAAUGGAAGAGGACCUUCAUCAGACAAGAUGUGAUCUGAAACAUGGAGAGGAUGAAGUGGAGAAACUCAUAUGGGGUAUAUCAAAGAUGGAACAACGUCAGCAUCCAAGCAUGGGAGAAAUGAAAGGACACCUCUAUAGUAUCAGAUCUGAUCUCACACUAAAAGAGGACCAAGUGGAAAAACUCAUAUGGAGCAUGAGAGAAAUGGAAGGACACUUUGACUGUAUGAGAUGUGAUCUGAAACAUGGAGAGGAUGAAGUGGAGAAACUCAUAUGGGGUUCUGCUGUGAAACAUGGGGAAGAAAUGGAAUUAUUUUCACACAGAAUGGUACACAUGGAAGGACAGCUUUAUAGUAUCAGAUCUGAUCUGGAACGUAAAGAGAAAGAACUGGAAUCACUUUCACACAGCAUGAGAGAAAUGGAAGGACAGCUCUAUAGUAUCAGAUCUGAUCUGAAACAUGGAGAGGAAGAAGUGAAAUCACUUUCACACAGGGUGACAAAGUUGGAACAUUUUUAUCAACAACAAAACCAAGAUCCAAGAUCUGAUCUGGAACGUAAAGAGAAAGAACUGGAAUCACUUUCACACAGCAUGAGAGAAAUGGAAGGACAGCUCUAUAGUAUCAGAUCUGAUCUAGAAGAAAAAGAGAAAGAACUGAAAUCAUUCAAAGACAGAGUGGCAGGGGAUGUCGCUCUUUCAAUGAAGACUGGAAAAACAUUUGUGAGUCUGAAUAGCCCAGUCAGUAGAGACAGACUAAAAGAGAUGUAUGAAGAGCUGUGGAUGGAGUGGCGGAAAAUCAAAAAUCAUCUGAAAUCAAAUGGAGAAAAUCCAGAGUCUGUCAAAGAGAUGAUUCAGGAGAAGUUUAAAGAAGCAAUGGUGGCCAUGGAGAAAAAGAAAAAGCAGAUAGACGAAGUGUUUGGAGUGAAUGAGCUCAGCAGAGGAUCAGCAUCUGAGAAGGUUCAACAGUACCGACAGUCAACCUGUCAGAACCUCCAGCUGGUUUUGUACCAUGGAAGGAAAGAAGAUGCAGAUUUAAAGACUCCUUCCUCUCCACAUGAAAGUGAGAAACCUCAGGAUGUGAUGAAGUCUUGGUCCUCUAAAUGCUACUGGAUGGGCUGCCUGAUGGCUUUAAACAACCCUCCUCUUCAUCCUGACUGGAAGAACCACCGUCGUUCAAUGGAUCCAUGGGACUUCUUCCCUCGGAACCUCACAGCUGCUUCUGGAAAGUAGACAAAGUAAAUCCUGCACUGAGAAUCUGUGUGGUGUUAGAAAUGCUUAGCUUUGGUCAAGAUCACAAACUUCUAUGUGACCAAAUUCUACAGAGAAAGAUCAGAUUUUCUGUUUAAACUGUGUAAAGAACUAAAGUCUCUCGUCGUUGAUUAAACCGUAAACAUUCAUCUCUGUGUAUCAAAGUUUUUACAUGUAAAUCAUUCCUUCCUGUGUCAACAUGUUUUAGAUGUAGAUGUUCACCACUGCUUCUUCUAGAAUAUACAGAUCUAUGACAUCUCUGCAGCCUCUCUGCAGCUCAGCACUCCAGCUCACCUACAGCUCUGCUCUGUAAAACUAAACUGGACAAAGAACAGUCAGAACAGUUUUCUAGUUUGGUCUGAAUCUGUUUCUGUCAUCAGUUCAGUUUCUAAACUCUCAGCUGUGGUGCUGACUGAUUAUUUCACUCGUGAUGUGUUUUGUUGCAGAUUAAAACACUGGACAUGCUGUCAUGGUAAAACUGGACUUCUAGCUUUAAUGUUUUAACCCUGAUCUGUUUCAGCUUUACUGACAUGAAUCAAACUUCUUUGUAGACAAACUCUAUCAAGGUAGAUGGUAUUCUGUCACUGGUUCAUGUAUAUGUAGUUAUCAAGUAUAGAAGUGGGAUUAAUGUUUGACUUAUUGACAUGAAUCAAUGUCUGCAACUGGAGCUUCAUGUAUCUUCAGUUUUAAUUCAACAGGUGAGAGAAUUUUCAGCUAGAAAGUACAUCAGUGUCAUCAGUUAUUGUUCAAUGUAAACUGUGGAUAAAUUUCUGUUUUUAAAAUCACAUUAAAAUUCCAAAAUGACAAAAUAAGGUUUAAUCUCCUCACUUCAAAGUCCUACUGUAACCCAAAAAUAUUUUUGUUCAGUUUCAGUAAUCCUACACCACCUUUCCAAAGUUUGGGGUCAUCCAGAUAAUUCCAUGUUCACCACUUUCAUCCAUGUGCUAACAUAACUACAAAGGUUUUCUAACCAUCAAUGAGCCUUUCAGCAGCAUUAGCUAACACAGUGUAGCAUUAGAACACAGGAGUGAUGGUUGCUGGAAAUGUUCCUCUGUACCCCUAUGGAGAUAUUCCAUUAGAAAUCAGCUGUUUACAGCUACAAUAGUCAUUUAGCACAUUAACCCUGAGAUACAUCAGCGGGUCUUUUUCUUGUAAUAUCUUUGGGGUGAAGAGACUUUAUCAUUUCAUAUUGCAGGUAUUCCUCAAAAAUAUGUUUUUGAUAUGAUUCAAUUCAAAACUUAACCUUUUAUACUUUUAAAGAAAUUAGAAUAUUUAUAUUACUACCCCAAUCUUCCAUAAGUGGGUCAAAAGUGACCUGCAUUCAUUUCCUAUAAAAUCUCAUGGAAACCUUUGAUUCUUAUCAACUGACUGUCAGGAAAAUAUUUACUGUGGACCACACACACUAUGUCAGAAAGUCACUGAUCAGGAAGAUUAUUUUACACAGCAAGGCCAGAUACAUGGAAGUAUUAUCUAUAAUUUUUUACCUCAUGUUACAGGCUCAGCUUGGCCUUUGUUUAAUAACGCCGCCUCUCGUGCUUCUGUGGUAUCUGAUCUGUUACAUGUAUUACUUAUUAAGUUAGUAGUAUAGAAUCUGUUUUGUUUGUUCUAGUAUCUGAUAUGAGUUGCUUGUUAUAUGUAGUGUUUGCUCUGGUGUCUCUGACCACAGAUGGAACCUGCAUUAUAUUCAACCCAUGCCAUGGGAAAGUGUUCUCCUGUUUACAGAGCCCUGUUGGAGGUGUUUUUAUGAGGGUUCUUCUGUCUAAAAUACUGAUUUAGGGAUUCUUCAGCUGUUGUAGACAAAGGGGUUUGUUUGGGGAUGCUCUCUGCUUUCCCCAUAUGGUAGGCAAUAAAGAACUUCCAGUUCUUUACCUUUGGGGCCCAAAGGUCAAUUAGCGAACUAAAAUAUAGAGAAGAAGGGAUGAAAUGGAAAGAGAAUAAGAGGCCUAAAGGAAAAUAAAGGAAAUAGGAUGGAAAGCCGCAAAUCUGGAUUAAAAGCCCUCUUAGAGGCAGUUUAGUAUACUGGCCGAAAAACCUAUUAUAUGUGAGCACAUGUAGUAGGUCAGUUCCAUUAAAGAGAAAGGGAACUGGGGGUGUAGAUUUACUUUAGUCAUAGAUAAAGCACUUUAAAGUUCCGGCCGUAGACGUAUGGUUUCCUAAAGUAGCUUUUUGACUGAGCUGUUUAUGCUCCAUGGUAGCACAGAUUUAGGUAAUAAGGAAAAAGAGAUGAAAAGAGAAAAGAGAAAAGGUGCGGCUGAAAGCAUGCUUCUUAGGAUAUGUGUGAAUGAUCUGAUUCCGGGAUCAAAUCCUGAUUGUGUGUUUGGGUGAUGUUGAUUAUGUGUUUUAUUUUGUGGAUUUGUUUGAUUUUGGGUUGAAUGGUUGCAUUUAAUUUGAAUGAUUUUUUGUGCCGGCGGUUGCGUCUGUGUCUCUGUGUGUGUGUGUGCUGCUGGUGUGUGAGAGGCUGAUGAGCUGUAAUGUAUGAAUGAAAUAUGUCAGUUUUUGUUGGAAAACAUACAUAUAGGUUGAGCUUUCAUAAUUCAAAUGGAGAUACGUUUUUGAAGACGUAUAAGCUUUUGUCUGCUAAACUUUAUGAGCCCCAUUGAGGACUUUUUGUAAAUGUGGUAAUAAAAUGAAAUGAAUGAGCCUUAUAAAGGACUUUUGUAAACUGAUAAUGCAUAUGAGCCUCAUGGUGGACGUUUAUGUACUUGUUAUAAGCAUAUGAGCCUUUGCUGAGUCCGAGAGAUCAGCGAGGACAUUCUGUUUGCAAUAAGCAUAAAUAAAACAUCUUAGAGGAAACACACACAGGGAAAGAAAACCUCAAUAAAGUUUUCAGGGUUAGAUGUUGUGUGUUGAUAAUGCGGAUGGCAGUGAUGGAUGGACUGGUGGUUGACUGGUGUAAAAUCUUUCAUUCUGAAUUUGAGUUUAAAAGUUUUAAAUAAGGGGAAGUGAGGCUUAGCCUAUCUUUAAUUGAGUGUUGCUAGUGGUUUUUGUGUGUUAAAUGUUCUGUGUGUGUGUGUGUGUGUGUGUGUGUGUGUGUGUGUGUGUGUGUGUGUGUGUGUGUGGUGCUGCAGCUGAGUCCGGAAGGCUGUAGGAUGCAACUGAUAUAUAUAUAGAAUAUAAUUCUUAUUAAAUAAAUAUAGAGAGGCUGUGAUUGGUUAUAGAAGAGUUGUUGACAUGUGAGGAGAGUUUGCCACCUCAGUGUUGAUACCAAUGAUCCCUUCUGCAGGGGGACGUUUAGGAAUUUGUAAGACCUUAUGAGCCUUAUAGGAGGACUAUUUAGUUCAUAAUAUGUUUGAGUCUUAUAGAGGAUGUAUGUACAUCUGAGAAUAAUAUCUGAGCCUUUGUGGAGUCUGAGGAGGAGGAGAGACCAGUGAGGAUAUUCUGUGUGCAUGAGCAUGCAUACAUGUUUGAUGAUUCAUAGUGACAGAGGAAGACAUUUUCUGAUGGAGUUUGUUAGAAUGGAGGGAAACAGAGUCUGAUUUCUAUAGGGGUUAGUGGAUUGGCUGAUUGAUUGGUGUUCAGUUUCUCUCUGUCUGUUGUUUAUUUCUGCAUGUGUGUGUGAGUGCAUUGGAGGAGACUUUGAAUAACCAACGUGGAGUCUUAUUGAGAAUGAUGAUGCAGAACAGGGGUUGAACUUAUUACUCUGGUAAUGAGGUGCUUUUUGCAUGAGGUUAAUUUGAUUUUUGGAGGUAGUUGAGGUAGGAUGGUCUCACUCUGAAGUCCAGUACAGACUGGAAGUGGUGGAUAAACUUAAGAGGGGGAGCCAUGGUGAUAAGUCUGAGUGAGUGAGAGAGAAGAGAAACAGCAGGAUGUUAUCCAACUAUCAAUAGAUUUACAUACAUACUCCUUUGAUUCUUGAAAUUGAUAAUGUAUUUAGUGUGAAUCUGAGUAUGGUUAAUUUAGAAUCCAUGAGGAAUAAGAAAUCUGUUUAGUAGUUUUCUUCACAGAGACUCUUAAGAGAAGACAUUUGUUGGGAACAAUUAAAAUGACUUAAAUGUUGACAAAUAUAUGCAAAUUACAAGAAGUUGUUUUUGGUUUCAUGAAACAUUAACCUUGUGUUUGUUUUCUUUGUGUAUCGUCUGUUCUACUAUGGUGUGAGCAUUGAGGAGGAGACUGAGAUGAUGGAAAGCUUCUGAAUUCAAUCCCCCAAAGAACUGAUAGAGGACAGCUGAUGGUGCUCUACAGCCUGAGGAUGUGGAUGACAACAAGUGUGGCUUCAACGUCAUCAAGGCUAGUGUGCUUCUAUCCACAAACUCUUGCAUUUACUCAUGUGCACACACCUACUUAUUUCUGAUAUUGGUGACAUAUGUUUAGUCUGUUUUUAUAGAAAUACCAGGGGCCUAUCAUGAUGUUGCUUUUACAACCGGACUCAGAUAGUUUUUAGUUUGGGGUUAAUAAAACACAUGGGUGUACACAUAGAGGGGAUGUUUCACUGAUUUGGGAAGAAGCUUGACAAGAGACUGAGCAUCUGAGGCAUUUAAUUGAUUUAGAUGAUGAUUAAACAUUUGUAGAGAGGUUAAUUUGGCUUAAAUACUGUUGAGAGUUGUGGCUUUGAUGCUGUGGAGUGUAUAAUGGGAAAGAUGGAUUGUGAAGUUAACCCAUAAGAACCCAGACCCAUUUUUCCUUAAAGGACUUAAUGAGUUAAGGUCAGACAUGAAACUUUACAGGAAGACACUGUGGCACUCAAAGUGUUUGUGACACUGGUGUCACCGUGGGUUCUUAUGGGUUAAGAGAAGGAUUGCAGAAAGUGAAGAAAGAGGGUCCAGGAGAGGAUGAGAGUGAGGAUGGAGACAGUGAUGGAGACUGAGGAAGUGAGAGACAGUGGGAUUUAAGGGAAGUUGAGAAUAGGAAAGGAAAGGCAUCAGAGAGGAUGUGUCCAGUGACUGUUAGGAGAGAGAAUCUGGAUUACAGGCCUUGGCAGAAUACAGAGACGUCAGACAGAAUUGAAAAGUUGCCAUCUCUUCAAGAUGGGGCAUGUCCAUGGAUUUCAAAACUGGAGGAGGUUUUGGUGGGGUGCAACCUGCCAUGAGAGACAUCAAGCGGCUUUUGGCCAGUCUCCUGGGAGCUUUGGUGAUGGAGGAACUUCUACAGCAAGUGGGUCUGAAUAGUUCUGUGGCAACUGCUGUAAAUGAUGCAGAGCUCUUUGCUGCCAGCAGAUCUCGGAUGUGGAGAGCGUUGAGAGAUACGUUCCCAACAAACAUACAUCCUGAUAAGAUGUUGAGUGAGCCACUGGGUCCAGAAGAGAAUCUGGGGGCCUAUGUGUCUGGGGGCUCAUCAGAAAUGGAGAAAUGUCAGAGGAAAUGACCCGGAUGUGAACCAGAAGGAGAAAUUCAUUCUGUGGAGUGAAAUCCAGAGGGGCUGCCCCUACCAGUGAAGCAGCCAAUAGAGACUGAUCUUUAGCAGAUUGUUUAGUGUUACACUCAGUGAUAGGUUUAUGAUUACACAAGAUUUCCACAAGGAUUCAAACAUAGUUUUCAUUUUAUUGAUGGGUGCUGGAAGAUACUCAGUCUUUUGUGAAGUCUUUUGUUAAGUCUGUUGUUCAGUUUUUGUUCAGAGGGGCCAUAUGUGGGUGCAUUUGCAGAACUGAGUAUUAAAAUAGCCUUAAGGAGCCGUUCACAAUCAGCAAUGUUGAGGUGUUUGGAAACAACAAAUAAAAGGAACUGAGUAAAAGAAAGUAAUGGUGUGUUGACAUGCUGCUCUGUUGACGUCUGACAAUAUGGGGGUUUGAAUUAGUUGAUAGGGUGUCAUCCAAAUGAGCUGAGUAAUUUCCAUUUUGAAUAUCAGAAUUUAUUAUAAGCAUUAUGUUCUUGGGUGUUACUUACACUAGAGAUGUUCUACUCUCAUAGGUGAUUUGGUUUGAUCAAAGGGGGGAUUGCAAUGUGUCAUACGUUAAACUGGUGAUAAUGUGAUGAUAAUGUGAUGAUACUCUCAUGACAAAGUGAUUUCCAAUAAGACAUCAUGGAGUGUUAGUUGUUUUGCAGGAUACUGCUGGGUGCUUUUAUCUUCCCAGGACGCCAUCUGGGAGCUUGCAUAGAAAGUGGCUGUCUGGAGAUCACUGCAGCCAAAUGGACUUGAAUGUUUGCAUAUGGACGAUGGAAUGGACAAUAAAGAUGGAUGGAGAACUCUGAGCAUGGACGAUGUGACGACAACACACCACGACUGGAGCUGUUAUUGAGGAGUGUUGGUUUGAUAUGCUCAUGUGUUCUUCUGUAAGCUUACAGUGUUGUUUAUCAUAUAUACUCUGUUUUAUCAUUAGAUGUUUGUUCUUACUGACAUUUCUCUACGCAAAGGAAUAUUAGAAUUAGCAACACUUUCAGUGUGUUUUAUUUUAGCCUUUGAGUUUUCAUGACUAUGAUUAGUAAGAUGGGGGUUUCAUUGAUUUGAUGUUUUUGAUAUGAGGUGAGUACUUUGGGAUCUCAGGUGUUUUAUUAUUUUGAUUGGUUAGGGACAGUGGUGUUAGGCAGGUGCAGGUCCAUUUGAGGGUCCGAUGGGUCGACCAGCCUGAUUUUGGACAUUUUUCUUUUUCUUUCUGGGAUUCCCACAUGCAUUUGCUUCCAUUCAUUUCACAUCAUCCUUUGUAUCUCCCUUUCCUCUUUUAAUUGGUUGGAGUGUAGUAUGGUCGCCGAGGCAGAGGGGCCGUGAGAGAAUUUCCUGCCUUGAUUGUUUGAUGGAUAAUUUGGAAAGAUAGCUGCCAGGCAGGUUUUCACUCUCACAUUAAUCUACAGAUUUAUAAUAUUGCUAAAUUUAGGUUGUAAUCAGUACGGACAGAAUGGACACGUCAUAAGCAUUUUGUAUGUGACCUUUAUGUACUUGAUGUUUUUGUAAUUUUCGAGGCUCUGUCAGCCUCAAAGGGGGGAAUAUGUGGUAUCUGAUCUGUUACAUGUAUUACUUAUUAAGUUAGUAGUAUAGAAUCUGUUUUGUUUGUUCUAGUAUCUGAUAUGAGUUGCUUGUUAUAUGUACUGUCUGCUCUGGUGUCUCUGACCACAGAUGGAACCUGCAUUAUAUUCAGCCCAUGCCAUGGGAAAGUGUUCUCCUGUUUACAGAGCCCUGUUGGAGGUGUUUUUAUGAGGGUUCUUCUGUCCAAAACACUGAUUUAGGGAUUCUUCAGCUGUUGUAGACAAGGGGGAGUUGUUUGGGGAUGCUCUCUGCUUUCCCCAUAUGGUAGGCAAUAAAGAACCAUUUGUUUUAACCCCUCCUAUAUGCUGAAAACCUAUAAAACCUGAUUGCUGGUCAUUGUCAGCAAGGAGGAUUCAAUUGGCCGACUCCUUCCAGGCAGGUUCUGUCUGUACUGAUGCUGCUCUUUCUUUUAAUAAAAUACUUUUAAAGAA